AUGAGCGACACCAAGGCCACGCACACUCCAGCGUCGGGUUCGUCUUCUUCGUCCUCGUCGGAGGAGUUCGAGUCUGCCGUGUCGUUCACCAGCGACGGCCGGAAGGUAAUCAAGUUCUACGGCGAGCGUAAUCCCUACGGCUGCUUCUCCAACUUCUCCUCCCACCCCUUUGAGCUGCACGGCAAGCAGUGGCCCACGACCGAGCACUACUUCCAGGCGCAGAAGUUUGUCGGCACGCCAAUGGAGGAGAAGAUCAGACUUGCCAGCACCCCAGGCGAGUCCAAGAAGCUCGGCCAAAGCCGCAAGGUCACCCUACGCGCCGACUGGGAACAGGUGAAGGACGAUCUCAUGUACGAGUGCGUGAUGGCCAAGUUCAGCCAGCACGACAACAUUCGCCGAACACUUCUCAACACCGAGGACGCACUCCUCGUAGAACACACCUCCAACGACCGAUACUGGGGCGAUGGCGGAGAUGGUUCGGGCAAGAACAUGCUGGGCAAGAUCCUCAUGCGAGUGCGAGACAACCUGCGUGAGCAGCAGCAACAGUAG